UUUUUUCUUUUCUUUUCGUUUUUUUUUAUUUUUUUAUUUUUUUAAAAUUAAUAUGAAUGUGCCAUGGAGUAAUAGCGAAACAUUGCAAACAGAGGAUGGGUUAACUAGGUUAUCAAAAGAAAUACUAGAUUUUGAAAGAUAUAUUAGUCCUACAAAGAAUGAAAAAUUAAACAGAGACACUCUUUUUUAUUCAGUGACACGAUCAAUCGAUUCACUUUGGCCAAAUACCAAGAUUAAUGCUUUUGGAUCAUAUGUUACUGGAUUACAAUUUCCUUCAAGUGAUGUUGACAUCAACAUUAAUUUUGAAGUAUUACCUAGAAACACUAAAUCCGAUGCUUUGAAGCUCAUUCGCAGAAAAUUAGCUGCUGAAGGUAUUUUUGAAAAUAGAAGGAUGAAAGUGGUAGCCAAUGCAAAGGUACCAGUGCUUAUGGCUACAGAUAACAACGCUAUUUCUAUGGACAUUACCAUACAAAAUGAUUGUUUGAGCUCACACAGAACAACCGUUUGGAUAAUAGAGUAUCCUGCAUUAAAACCUUUGUUUAUGGUAUUGAAGCAAUCAAUAUCUGCUUAUCGUGUUUCAAAUUUACCAGCAUUUGAACCAUUGUCUGCUAAAACUGCAGGAUUGGCUAGUUAUUCUCUCAUUUGUUUGAUUGUUAGUUAUCUUCAAUUGCAAGUAGAUCCCAAUCUUAGUUCGUCAGAUGCAAAUUAUUAUGGCAUUCUAUUGAUGGGAUUUUUAGAUUUUUAUUCUAAUUUUAAAAACGAGGAACAAGCAAUCAGUCUAACGAAUGGAGGUUCUUAUUUAACAGGCGAUAACUGUCCUAUUCGAUUUGAACCAAAAAAUGGAAAGUUGUUUAUUGUUGAUCCUGAUGUUAAGGUUUAUUAAAUUUAUAGGUGCUAAUGUUGCACGCAGCACGCUUCGUUUUGAUGUUAUAAAGUUAAUAUUUAAACAAAUGUUGAAAGAUUUACGUGAACAUAUAGCUAAAAGCUCAAAUAAUGAAUCUAUACUAUCAUCUAUUAUC